GAACAUGAGCGAUAAUAUUGCUAGUCAUAUUUAAACUGCCAAAGUAUUUGGUGUACGGGCUAUUUCCUCUGCAAAAUUUGGAUACGUUGAUCGAAGUGAGGUGACGACAUAUGCGCGAUACAAGGUUCUUCAAAAGAUCGGUACCAAAACACCAUGGCGGCCGAAGUGUGUCUCGGUCUGUUCAUAAGCCUUGUAUUCUGCAUCGGAAGAGCAGCCACAUCUGACUGGAGCAUUCCACCUUUCGUAACUCCAGACCCCAUCGACGAUGCGGUUACCUUCUCAGGUUACAGUUCGACUCAGUCACAGACGAACAUUCUGCUGGACGAAGAAGUCAGCUACAAUGUAACCAUCGCACAGCUCGCUUAUACAGGAACGGACACACCGACUUUGGGAAGGUUCGAGAACAGCAAGAGUAACCUGCUCCUCGGAGCCGUCUUCGAACAGGACUCCGAGGACGUUUGGCAGCUGGUAAUCACCGAGGCCCAGGACUACGAAACAGAGGCGAUGCAGAACUACAGGUUCUACGUUGUAGCUGGUGACGAAAGCUACAAAAUCGCUCUCAACAUUCAGAACAUCGAUGAUAACGCUCCGGUUAUACAAGCCGACGGCACGAGCUGCUCCGUCGAGGAGAACUGGAGCGGUACAACAAACUGCUCGUUUCUGGUAACGGAUGCCGAUGGGUGGAUAGACGAGGUCACCUUUGCUGUAACCGCGACUCCAACGAGUGGUACCGGUAUGUUCAGUAUGGUAACCGAAGCAAUCGCAUCGACAACCAUGCAGAUAAAUGCUUACUUGCAAGUUGACCAAGAACUUGACUACGAAACCAUCACCAUGUACUUGCUGGUCAUCGUGGCAGAGGAUGGGGCAGGAAACCAGGGCAGUGCUUCUUACAUCGUACAAGUUAUCGAUAUGCCGGAUGAAGUACCAACAUGGACAAACAUAUUCUCUGCAGCAAAUAUUUAUGAGAAAUCUACGAAUUAUUUUGAAGUGUCAGCCAUCGACGGUGACAUCGGAAUCAAUGCGGAUAUUAGCUACUCGAUAACCACAGCCGACGGCCAAGAAGAGUACUUUGUGGUGAAUUCGACGAGUGGAGAAAUCACGAUAAAUCCAAUUGACCGGGAUGCCUUGGCGACUGAAGUAUUCAGGUUCACCAUAGUGGCCUACGAAACUCUGGACGAGUCCUCGUCAGUCAACUCCACGGUCAUCAUCAUCGUCGAGGAUAUAAACGAUCAUACGCCUGAAAUCGCACCCGACGAACUAUCCAUAUCAAUACUAGAGGAAACUUAUAUGACCCUUUCAUUCAACGAGUCCAUCACAAUUACAGACCCUGAUCUCGCUGAAAACGCUCAGUUCACUGUAGCGCUAACAGAUGAGUCAGAGGUUGGAUGGAGUUCAGCAUUCUUGAUCAUACCAACGAGUGGGUACCAAUCCGGUGUCUUCACCAUAUCCGUGUCGAAUUCGUCCGCUUUAGAUUACGAGGAUGAAGACUGGAGGAGCAUGACUCUUCAGAUCGUCGCUACGGAAGUGGCAAACACCUCUCACAUUGGUGUAAGAAACGUGACUAUCGAGCUGAUAAAUUGGAACGACGAAUCCCCGAUAUUUGAAGAUUCCGAAAUGUCUGUAGAAGUUGCCGAAGACGUCGAAAUGGGUUACUACUUAGCCAGUAUGCUCGCGACCGAUCGCGAUGUCGACGAUAACGUUACACAUGCGAUUGUAUCCCAGCGGACUUUGUCCAUCGACGCGGUAACCGGCAACAUCACAACAGCCCAGGACGCAGCUUUGGAUUACGAAACUAUCCCCGUCGUUAUUGUCCAAGUCACAGCGACUGAUCUGGGCAGUCACGUUGCUUAUGCUACACUUACGAUAAACGUAAUUGACGUGAACGACGUUCCGCCAACGCUGACCAUGCCAAGGACCAACCCGACAAUAUACGAGGAAGGGGAAACCGGGGAAGAGGUGAACACAACGAUCACCGCGACGGAUGUCGACACCGACGCCUUUCUCGUCUUCAGUAUUGACUGGGACAGCUCAUACGCCUAUAAGAGUGGCGUUAUCGUCGACGAAGACGUGUACACGGGGACCUUGGAAAUUGAGACUUCGUAUCCAGAAAACAACACUCUGUAUGCUGAGGCGACGUUGGUAGUGGCCGGGAGACUAGACUACGAACAGUUCGACGUCAUGUACCUCACGAUUAUCGUCACUGACGAGACGACGGUCCAUAACGAUAAUUACACCACUGCGUUGCUAACCCUGCGCAUCCUCGAUAUAAACGAUAACGCUCCGAUAUUUGACGAUUAUACCGCGAUGAGUGUUACUGAAAAUCAGGUUGCUGACACGCUGAUUGGUAACGUUUAUGCAACGGAUGCUGAUGGCUCUGGAUACAACACUGUUACAUAUUAUAUCGUGCCGGCAAACGAUACUGCUGAAGAUCUUGUCUGGAUAAAUUCCACUACUGGAGUGAUAAGGGUAGAUACCGAUGGUGCCAUUGAUGCUGAGACCUACGAAUAUUUGUAUUUCACUGUUUACGCCUCGGAUAGCCUUUAUAAUACUUCUCUGGAUAUCGAAAUAUAUGUGACAGAUUUGAACGAUGAAACACCUUAUUUGAACACUGAAGAGUACAAUAGCACAGUAUAUUUGAGGGAAAAAUCAGAGAGUGAAACUGAGAUAAUGACUGUUUUUGCCGGAGACGACGACAGAACAUCUCCAUACAACAAUGUGUCCUACCUGAUCAACAGUGAUUACAGCUCCUUAUUGCAGUACUUUAGUAUGGGAAAAUACACUGGUCUCCUAGAGGUGUCAUUGUCUGAUGGAUAUGAACUUGAUCGUGACUUUGGAACAUCGAAUUUUACGGUCUAUUUGAUUCUCAGAGACAACUACUUGGACGAGGAUGUAACAUGGAAUUCUAACUCAAUAACGACGAGCGUCAACGUUAUCCUUACGGAUAUCAAUGAUCAAAUCCCGGAACUUCCUGACUUAUCUGAUCCCGCGGCAACCGUUUCAGAAAGUACCGAGGCUGGCACUCUCGUUCUGACCGUAGUAGCCGAGGAUUACGACGAACCAAACACGGAUAACACGAGAGUAUUUUAUGAGAUACUCAGUGUCACACCUGAAGAUAAUUCUACAACAUUGGACGAUGAUUGCGCCGUACCGUUCAUAGUUGAGACUCAGAAUCAGACAACCGCAUUGAUAUAUGCAAACUGCAGUUUGAAAGGCUACUAUGGUACCUGGGCUGUUGAAUUAUACGCUGAGGAUCUAGGAACUGAUCCUUCCUCUCAAAACGAUACCAGAACGUACAACAUUUACGUCGAGGACUAUAACUACAACGACCCAGUCAUAACUUACCCGACUGCCAACAAAAGCAUUCGACUAAGUCGGACUCAAACGGCGAAUUCACAACUGUAUUCAUACGACCUCAGUUAUCUGAGUGACUUCACGGCCACUGAUGAAGAUAGUGGUCUCAGUGGUACCGUCACCUUUGCUCUCACCGGCUCGGACACUGCCAUUGAAUACUUCACUCUUGUAUCAACUGGCACUUAUACCGCUCAGCUUCAGCUUUUAACGGUUCCAACCGAUCUGGAAGAUAAUUACACUUACGAGAUCGAGAUUUCUGUCACGGAUGGUGGAACUCCGAAUCGCACAACGACGCAAACCAACACGGUAAUCUUCAUUUCAACCGAAGGCCCCGAGUUUACUGAAAACGAUUGGACUGUUUGGUUCAAAGAGAAUACUACCGGGGUGGGAACUUCGGUAACUAUACCGGAAGCCACCGAUAUGGUCAACAUCGACGCUGACGAGGAAGACUUGGUCACCAUCUACUACUACUUCACUAGCCAAGACGGUGACAUGUCGUACUUCAACUUGGAUUCGGAAACAAGGAACAUGACCUUAACUACAGCGUUGGAUAGGGAAGAACAGGAAACUCUUUCACUGUUUGUCGUCGCUACAACAAGCAGCGAAGGAGUUCCCGAAAGUCCCAGGGAUGCUGCCACGUUAAACAUCACCGUGAUAGUGCUCGAUGUGAACGAUAAUCCUCCCACUUUUGAAAGCAGCGCGUAUUACGGUGGUGUUUCACCUGAAGACGAGGUCGCCAAAGUGAUUCUUACCGUCGUGGCCACAGAUCCCGAUCUGAACGAAACGCUGACUUACUACAUGGACGAUGAUUCAAUGAGCUAUUCAGAUGACUCGAUUUCCUCCAUCACCGAUCCCUUCAUUCUAGACAGUGAAACCGGAGAACUGACGCUCCAGUUUGUCCCGUUGUCCACCAUGGCUGGGUACUUCGACUUUACUGUCACUGUUUACGACGCAGUCAAUAAUACCGAUACCGCAAAUAUAAAGGUCUACGUGAUCGCGGAGAGCAACCGAGUCGAAUUCACAUUCCAAAACACGGUUACCGAAUUGACCGACGAAACGGCCUUCGUGAUAUCAUCGUUCACCAACGCGUUUGGGUACAUCUGCAACAUCGACUACGUGACGAAGGCUCUUGACGACGACGAGAUCACUAGUCUGGACAACGAAACAGUUGUCACUACCCACUUCAUAAACGAGGACACCAAUCUACCAGUCACGACCGACGUUAUCGUCCUAGCGUCGAAUGACCUCCAGACCAUCACCGACCUAAAAGUCACCCUGCUGACCAGAUCGUUGAUCCUGAUCGACGUGCCUUCCAGUAGCUCCACCACCACUGACAGCGUCGAGUACAUCAUUCAAUCUGUCCUCAUAGUCCUCUGCGUUAUUUUAUUCGUAUGCUGCAUAGCUCUUCUCACAGCCUACAUCAUCAAGACGAAACAGCUGACCGAACGGCUCGACAAACUGGCUGUUACUAACUUCGGCUCGCAGAGUUCGGGAUUGAACAAGAUCGGAGCUGUUCCGAUGACGAAUAAGUUCGCUUUAGAAGGUUCGAAUCCCAUGUGGAAUACUCAGGAAAAAAUGCCCGAGGACAGGAUCAGUCAGUACAGUAACGAUUCGGACCUGAUCGGAAUUGAGAAUCAUCCGAACUUCUCCUACUCCAACAACGGAUUUUCAGGGGAAAAUUUCUGGUCCGAGGGGCCUCGGGAAAGUGUGAACCCGGUUAUGUCGAAUCAAUUUGACGGGAGGUCGGAUAAUCGGAUGCCGAUGUUUCUGCAGCAGAACAAAAACGUCCCUACGACGGAGCUGUGAUAGUAUAAAUAAAAUCUGAUGUACAUACAAUGAAUUGAUAUAAA